AUGCAAUCGCUUUACCAUCCGCAUUCUUUUCAGGGUAGAAAGCUGUCUGACCAAGAAAGGGCCAGAUGUUUAGAGUUCCAAGAUGCAAUCCAUUAUUCUCCUAGAUAUGCAGACGACACACAUGAAUAUAGACACGUCAUGCUUCCCAAAGCCAUGUUAAAAGUGAUUCCCAACGACUACUUUGAUUCAGAGACUGGUACGCUACGUAUAUUAACAGAAGAUGAAUGGAGAGGACUUGGAGUGACUCAAUCACUGGGAUGGGUUCAUUACGAAUGUCAUGCCCCCGAACCACAUAUUCUACUAUUCAAACGGCCUUUAAACUACGAGGCUGAGUUAAGAGCUGCUGCCGCUGCUGCUCAACAGCAACAGCAACAGCAACAGCAACAGCAACAGCAACAACAGCAAUCACAACAGCAAGUACAACAAGCCCAACAACAACAUAUAUAA